UGUGCUGGAAGGAAAUCUAAGAUGAAGUUAUGGGAUGUGGUGGCUGUCUGCGUGGUGCUACUCAACACCGUCUCCACCUUUCCUCUUCCUGCUGGUAAGACACCUCCUGAGAAGUCUCGAUCAGUGCCAGGAGGGACUGAAGAAGAGCACUCCUCCAGCAAGCUGCUGACUCCUUUUGCUGGCCCAAUGGACUCUAAUAUGCCUGAGAAUUAUCCCAAGCAUCUUGGAGAUGUAGUGGACUUUAUUCAAGCGACCAUCAAAAGACUAAAGAGGUCACCAGAUAAACCAGCUCAGUUUUUUUCCAAACGGGAAAGAAACCGGCAAAAUUCAGCAAGGAACACUAAUAAUUCCAGCAGCAGAAAGGGACGGAGAGGCCAGAAGGCCAAAAACCGGGAUUGUGUCUUAGCCGAGAUACACUUAAACGUGACUGACUUGGGUUUGGGAUACACCACCAAAGAAGAGCUCAUUUUCCGAUACUGUAGUGGGACGUGCGAGUCCGCUGUAACUUUGUAUGACCAAAUUUUAAACAAUUUAACUCAAAAUAGAAAGUUGGUCAGUGACAAAAUCAGACCACAACCUUGCUGCAGGCCCAUUGCUUUUGAUGACGACCUUUCGUUUUUGGACGAUGACCUAACGACUUACCAUGUAUUAAGGAAACAUUCCGCUAAAAAAUGUGGAUGCGUCUGACGUCCUUUUGUGUCUGGACAGUGCUACGCUCUUGCAUUCCUGCUAAAAACGGCAAAGAAGGGACCAAGGCUCCCGAGGAGGUGGAAUGAUGGCUUAGAAGGAAGGAAGAGGACCAAGCGUACAGGAAAACAGCGGUCGGGGGAGCCUGGUUAGCCGAAAAUCCCGUACAGGAGAAUUGGAGAAGAGGCAACAGCCGGGGCUUUUUUGUUUCUACAGGAAGGCAAAACACUAAGCGGCAAAGCUCAGGGGUGGAGAUCCGGGAUGGAUGGAGAUAAUCUACACCGUUUGCUUGAGGUGACCCAUCAUUGGCAAUACUUGGCUAGGCGGGUGCUUAACAACACAACUUCUGUUUGAUAACUUGCUUCAUUCU